GCCCGCAGCCUGAGCGGCCCUGCACGACGCGUCGCAAAGCGGGCCGCCUCCGAAGUGGGGCGAGAGAGCCGAGCGCUUCGUAGGAACGAUCCCGGAGAGCCCGGGCGCCCGUUCUCAUGCGGCCACGGCACGAAGUGUGAGAGACCUCUCCGUGCAGAUAACGUCCACCACCUCAAGCGGGCGGACCGUGCUCCGUGGGCACGGCUGCACUGGGACUCGGGCUGUGUUAUGCACAUACACGCUGACCUAUGCUCUCCCUUUUCUUCAGUUUUUCCGCUCGUUUUUUGUAUAUGCCAAACACUUUUAAAGCUGUUUCUAAGGUGUGCAAUCUAGCUCCUCGGUUAUAACAGAAGACUUGUGCCUUCAGAGUGCAUUGUGUUGUCACCUGUUGUUCUAGUAAAGAGUAAGAAAACCCCAUAAUAUGUAUGUGGUUCUGUACACAGUUUUCCAGAUGAGACGUAGGAUUUACUCUACGUCUGCCUUUAGAUAGCACGCACAAUAAUUCCCAGGAGAUCUGUGUAAUCAGCCGAGCCUUAGUGUGGGCAAGGAGGAUCUGUGGUUGCACCCUGCGUAGUCUGCAGGGACGGCGACCUUCUGUGCCAGUGAGCUGCCUCCUCACAUUCAAGGCACUCCUGGUGAAGAAUAAUUUCUGUGGUGUGUGGGUGUCAGUCAGGACUGAUGUGCAAGUGGGUGUCUCAUAACCGUGUCCAGUGAUCCCCAGCUCAUGGUGAGACCCCUCCGUAAGCAAGUUUAAGGCUCUUCUUAAACUGAUCUGUUCCAGUGCAAAAGAGGACCGAGAUACCAUUAAUUAAGCCUCUGUUGGGCCGAUGUACCAAAAUUAUGUAAUAUCAUAAGGAAACUGCACAAUUCCUGCAAAUUGGCUAAAAAAAAAUAGAACACUUCAAUAUAAAAUUACAGUAAAGAUCUACAUAUCUUGGUUACAACGGAGUGUUGUGAUGAAGGUAUGGUAGACUUUCCCUCAAUGCAAUGAUUACACAUAGUUGGAUUACAACAGCAUUUUAAGUUAUGAAAAUGUUCUACUUAAGAUGGAGGAGGUCUUUUCAUUCCAGCUGCUUCCUUUCAGGGAUUCAUAUUUUUCUCACAAAAUUACAGGAUUUGAAGGCUCAUGUUUUGGUCUUGCCACGAAGAUGGGGAAGACAUAGUUACCCCACACUGUGGUAAAUUCCAAACCGUAGUAGGAGCUUCAUAAUAGUGCAGUUACAUAGAACUAUAUCUAUAUGUGCAAGUCUUUAAGUGGGCACAUACAUUUCUUUCAGAUGAUGUGAUAUUGGCCUGUUCUGGUAAUGCUUGAUUAAGAAAAAAGAAACUCAUUUAUUCCCAUUAGUCUGAAGGCAACCUUUAGUAUAGUAGUGGAAUACGUUAUCUGUCUGCAGAUUUAAAGAUAAUAUUUGAGUUCCUUUUGAUUAUUUUAACAUCCAGGCUGUUAUACAACCCUGGUAUAGCUAUGAGUUUGAAAUUUUAUGUGCUACAGAGCUGCUGUGGAGAACGCUUGAACUGAGGCCUCCUUCCUGUUUAAAAAUACAAAAAGAACAGGAUGUUCAUGACUUGCCGUCCUUAAUCUGAUUGAGGCUGCAACUUCCAGGUUUAGGACCCCUGGUGAAAAGUAAUUUUAAUUCUUGUUUAGGAGUGUUUGCCUGUUGGACAGAUUUCAUCUUGUUAAUUUGUGGCGGUAGUAAGACCAAACGGUUAAAAGCAAUUUUCAGUGCUCCCACUAAAGGCACUUUGUAUAAAAACAUGACUUAGAAUGUGUAUCUUGGGGAUAAAUUACUGAAGAAUAUCUAGUAAUUUUCAUGAUAAAGACCAUCAUUGGAAGCACAGUGCCUGUGUAAAGUUUUGAAUAUUUCUGUAAGAAGAAUAUAAUGUAUGUAUCAUGGACUACUUACAAAAGCAAUAUAUGUUAGCUGAAAAGACUGCAUUAAGUCUACUGUAAGUUAGUACUGGAAUUAUAAAAUGAAUAUUUAAGUAAGUGGAUUCUCAUGUGAUAGAUCCUGCAUUUAAGCGUAGUGUUUGGUAUACAUUUAUUCCUAUGAUCACAUGGAUUGGGAUUACUGCUGAUAGGAAGUUGACAGGUCAGACUGUGGCUUGGUAAGACUUCUGUAGACAGUGAAUUUACAGUGGGCUCAUGUGUUCUGUAGUUUGCAAGCAGUACACUGAAGAUAGGUGUAAUGGGAGAUAUUACAGAACCAACGAGACCCAGGGGACUUUUGUAGAGUACAAACAGGCAUGGAGAACCUGAAGGAUUCCAGUGCUAUCUGGCAACGUGGUAUUUUUUUUUGUUUGCACUGACAAAACAUGUUUUUUUAUUUUCCUUUUAGGAAAAUUAGGAUAAGGAGGUCACUCUCCUGUCACUCGUCUUGACAACAAAGCACAAUUAGAUUUAGUGUAGCUAUUACCAUAAAUUACUGUAACUCAGUGGCCACUGUCUAUUAUGACAUGUGCUUAAUUUUUAUGAAUUUAAUUGUUGGAGGCUAUAUGAUCUUUGAUUUCCAAAUUGUGCUAAACAUUGUGCAUGCCUGCAGUUUGUUAACAGUUAAACGAAUUGUAGGUGGGUUAUGAGGUAAUGAAUCACAGAAUCCUAAGCUUAACUCUCUUACCAUUAGCUAAGUGGCUAGCUCUUCUGUUUCAGUCUUUUUCAAGUAAUAUUUGUGCUGUGAAAUCUGCAGCUUGGCAGUGUGAAGGCUAUUCCUGCAGCCUGAAAAGAGCAGCGAGGCUGAGUCUGAUCUUGUAUGUUUCCCACUGCUGCUGGGCCCACUGGAAACAUGGAGCUGUUUACCUGCAGCCUCGCAGGAUGUGUCAGCCUGCUUCCCCAUGCAGUGUCUUCCAGGGUAUUGCACUUCUCCCAGCCUGCAUCCAAGUGAGCAGAAUUUAGAGAGCCUGGCUAUGAGGCAGUAGUGGGGUAGGGCUUCAUUUUGCACGCAGUUUGAAGAAAGCCCAUAUACUAUUUGAUGCUUUGUUCAUCAUACUCCUCCUUAAAAGGUCCCAUCUGAAGCUUUGUAUGUCAUACUCCUUUUAAAAAGGUACCUGGUCAGUUACCUCCUCCUCUGUUCUGGGCUGUCCGUUACCUUCCCGUAGCAGUGUGUUCAGUGUUUUCUCAUGUGCUGCUUUUGAGUACAAGGGCUAAUUCAGUCAUGACCUGGAAGCUUUCAAACAUCACACUUCUUGUUCCUUCAGUGUUAAUUGGUCAUCCCUUUUACUUUCUUAGCCAAUUUUGUGGUAUCUUCCUGAGUAACAGUAUUUGUCUAUACUGUUAUUAAUAUGAAUUAAAUACCCACUAGUUUAUGUAGUGAUAAGAAUUGUGGAAUAAAUUGCCACAUCUUAAAUAGAUUUUAUUUUAUAUGGGGAUUAAAGUCAAACUUCACCAAAGAGCUUGAAGCGUGUUGUCUUUGUUCAGGAGAGGGCAAGUCUGCAUGUGUCCUGCCUCACCAGUAACUGGGGUGUGUAGGUGAGGUGAUAUCCUCCAGUCUUAGAAGUUCUGGAGCUGUGCUCUGGCAAUAGCUGCCCACAGGCCCUGGGAGCAGUUGCAGUGACUGGAGUGCUGUUCAGGAAUCAUCAUUAGGAGAUUUGUAAAUUACCAUUCCAGAAAUGGUGGGCAUAAUCUGGCCUGUCAUACAUGAGUGCCCCUUACUUCCUAUUUGAGGUGGUGCUCUUGUUUUAAUUUGAAGUUGUGGUUUUGCAGAUGGAUGUGGAAGGUUGGAACUUACCAUCUCGAGGUGCACAGAGUGGCAGCUGCGCUUAUUCUUCAUUUUUUUGUUGUGGGGCAUUAGGGCUCUGGGCUGUGCUGUGCAGUCACUGUUUUUGUGGUCCCUCUUCACAAUAGGGAGCAGCCAUUGAGCCAGGUUCUGGCUGCAUCAUGAAGCACAGGAGGCAAUGCAGCAAAGCAGGGCUGUAUUCUCCCUCAGCUCUGGGUGUAGGCCUGGGCUCUUGUUUGAGGUAAGGCAGUGUCAAGCCAGCUGUGCUUUGCUCAUGCUGUCAGCGGCACUGCUAGUGUCUGGGGGUUUGCCACGCAUCAGGACACCCAGUUUUCCUCUAUUCCCUCUUGUGACAUUCCACCAAGGGUGGACAAGGGAAGUUGGUUCUUUGGUCAGGAAAGCCCAUCACUCAUGGCAGCUUGAGUUUCCAGAAUUCUUUUGGACUGGGGAGUGUCUCCACAUCUGCUGGGUUAAUAGCUAUUUUGUUGUGGUACAAGGAAAUUACUAGAUUAAAAAAAAGGUCAAGAUUUUAGUUAUUACGCUGUAAAGAUGUGGAAUUUUCAGGAAAAAUGCCCAAUGACUCAUGAAAACCUGCAGACAGGGGGACUGAUGGCUAUAGUUUACUCAGGGCUGUGGCUCGGUACUGAACCACAGCCUAAAGGUACGUCUGCGAGGCGGCUGCCAGCGUCCUGUCACUUUGAAGGCAGUCAGCUUGGGUAUUGCCAGCAGCAGUUACUGCACCAUAGGCUGUAUCACAGCUUGCAAAACCUGCCUGAGAUGUUUGGUUACUUUGGACCAUGGGAACUUUGUGCUGAUGUCUGCUGUUGCCUUAGUGUGGAUGCGGAACAGCCAUGAGUAUGCUCACCUGAAGUAAGCUAAAACAGUAAGUUCUGAGUUCCUUAUCUCUGUCUCAAGAUGAGGUUACGUGAUGUAGCCUCUGCCUUGCUACCAGGGAAAGACAAGAUCUUGCUCUGUUUUGUUCUUGCUUGCACCAGUUCCAUGGGCUUAGAGAUGAUUUAACUCACUCACUCAGCAGAAAAGUUCCUUUUGGGAACCUAAGGAUCUGAAACAGCAAAGCCAGCGCAGGGAGCUCGUGGCUGGACACAAGGAGGAGGAGUGCUGCCCACGUACUGUGACAGCCUGCCUGGUGGGCACAGCGUGUUUCGGAGCGCGGGUAGGGUUACCGCAGGUAACUGAAGCCUUUUCUCCAUGUGACCUGCAGCCACAGCUGGGACUGCAAUGUAAAGUCAUCUUGAGAGGACAUAAUUUCACAGCUGGCCCAAGAGAGAUGAGGCAUUUUCCUGUCUGCUUUUUAGUUCCUAGGUGCUUCAAGUAUAAUUCUUAAGUUCACAAAAAUCAUUUUAGCCAGGCAUUGCGUUAUCAGUAAGUUAUUACUUACUGAUAAAUCGUAGUUAGUGCUAGCCUUUCUGCAGAAGUGUGAGGGCCAAAAUUGAUACAAAAAUGUUCGAUCUCUGCUUGUUUUCUCGUAGAGCUAUGUAAAAAUUGUGAUCGUAAUUUUAAAUAGGAAGAUUUUUUUUUUCUCUAGAAAGAAACUUGCCACGAUUCAAAUUCCUUUAUCUCCUUUCCUUCAGUAUUCUUCUCAAAUACAUUUCUUGAAAAGGCAUAAAUUUCCACCCGAAGGGGAACUUAUGCUAAUAAUUUGUUGAAAUGUAGUGUUUUUCAGUAAUAUAAUUUAAUAAAUGAAUAGGAGAGCUGGGAAAUGCCUUCUUCCUUUCCUUUUAGAUCAUUCAGUGUGCCAACAGACUGAAGAACUUUUAAUAGUUUUAUUUCAUUUUUUGAUUGAAAAUGGGGCUCUAGGAAAAACAAUUGUGCAAAAGUUAAUUUUGUCUUUCUCCAUCAGUGGCUGCUAUGUUUUAGGCAAGUACUAGGUGGUUUCCUGGAGGAAAAAAUGAAAAUUCAUUUGAAAUGUUUAUUUUGCAUGUGACUUGUUACACCCUUGUUACUGAGAGAUGAUUGAAUGUUUGACCACCCAUUAGAGCUCUUCUGUAAUGCAGAGUCAUGUGGUGAACUGGCUACUUCAUCAACAAACUUAAUUUUAUUUCCUGGUUUUGGGUGCGACAGAGAAAUCUUGUGCAUAUGAGUAUGUGGCAGAAUGGGUCUUGAUACUGCAAACAUUUCUAGACGUGUAUGUAUAUACAUAUGUAUGUAUAGACAGUGUGUAUGUAUCAACCAAAUACGUGCAUGCACAAGGUUAAGCUGUUAGACUCCAGAGAGCUGGAGUCAUCUGAAUUAGAUCAGUGGUGGAAAUGACCUUGGAUUUAUCGUGAGCCUUAUAAACACGGUUCUGUGUUGCAGAAGACCAGCGUAUGCUUUCACUGUAGUUUGUGGAAAGUUCUGAGCAAUGAAACCAAGGUCGAGCCUGAGAUCUUCACUCAGUGCCAAAUGGCAGGGACAGUCUCCUGAAGGCAUACUGCUGGUUUUAGACUUUAUUAGCCCCUUACUUUAAUUACUGCCUCAUUACUUGCUCUGCUUCCACAAAAAGUAUUCCAUACUGUCAUUUUCCCUAAGUAACUGGAAAUGUGAUUGAAAGGGAUGUUUAAAGUGAGACUAAUUCAAGAUUAAAUAGUCACAAAUUAUAUUAUUGCUACAUGUAAACAAAUUACUUGCAUAUCUGAUUUUAUUCAGAUUACUUUUCAAGUGGUAAAUAAUGCUUUAUCACUUAUAUAGUGCUCUUACAUCUUUAGAGUGCUUUUCUCACAUUAAUUAAUCAUCAUUAAACACUCCGAGGUGGGUAGGUUAAUACUAUUAUCCCCAUUUUGCAGAUGAAGAAAUGUAGACUGAGAGGUUGUGAUUUGCUCAAGGCCAUAUAGAAGAAAUAAAAUCAGAGCUGGGAUUAGAUCUAUGUCCCUAGCUUCUAAUUUCAGAGGACCAACCCAGUUGAGAGCCACAGCGUUGUAACAACACGUGCAAGUGUGCACUCAGAAGCAGCACAUGUUGGGCCUUCAGUCGCCUAACUUGCAGUUUGCUUAAAUGGAAACUUGGUGCUGUAUUUCCACAUUCAUGCCCAAAGUGUGGAAAUAGCCACUCAUUCGUUUAGGAAUCCUUCCUAGCCUGAUAGGGCACUUUUAUUUUCGUCUUCCAUUGAAAUUAACGUUCAGCCUGGAAAUAACAGUUCUUGAGGCCUGAACAUAACUACGUGGCUUGGGCGAAGCACUUUUUACACAUGAGAUGUGAAUUAAAAAUGUGGCAGCUUGCUUUAAUGCUGAGAGAGAUAGGAAUUCCCCUUGGUGUGCUAAACCCACUGCCUUGGUAGGCAGCACCUAGCUUCUCAGUACAGAGAGAUAUUCAUGUACGUGCACUACAGCUUAGAGAGCUACCUCCAUAAAAUAAGAUAGGCUGGGAUUGGAGAGGGGAGCUGAGCGAGUCGUGCAUCAUGGAGAGUUCUGUUCAGCUCUGAGUUACAGGAGCAACAGGUGGGAAGAAGCAAGGUGGAAGAAGCCAGUACCCUUCUAGAGGAGGAGGAGGACCUGCUGAGGAAGGUGGCAGAUAUAGGCGUGCAGUCGUGGGGAACAGGGCAGAGAGCCGCAGGCACGUGGUGACAGCAGCUGCCUACCUGCUCACUGGGCAGCGCCCUGCGAAGCGCUGCACUGCAACUAACUGCUGCUGGAGGGUGGGGGGGGAAGGGACUGUCUGCUUCUUUGUUUGCCUCAGAACUGCGUUGUACACCAGUGGGCCCUGUUUUAAUAACAGAGCUGUGGUUAGGCAAUGUCAGAUGUGCUGCAAGAGUAGUUCAAUAGAUAUUUCAGCAUGCAGAUAAGCAGCUGAUAACCUUGCGUGGGGGAAUUCAGGAUUAUUGGUAGUGCUUCCACUGUGGGGCCUCAGCAGCAGAGCGGAGCUGGUGGCACCGGUGCCCACACACAUGGAACCUGGCUGAACCAAGGAGCAGGUGAUUGGUUCUAUUUACCCCGAGAGUUUUCAUUCUUUAAUUGUAACUCUACAUAUAAAUAAUGUGAGGAAGAUGGACUAAUGAUUUUCCUGUGUUUGAUUAAAGGCAAAGAAUCAGAGAUUUGUUUAUAUAUUUAUCUAUUUGUUUCUUUGCUACGAUAAAACCCAUUGUUAUCCAAACAGUGUGACUGACCUAAUAAAGGACAUAUGCAUAAUUGAUCUCCUUCUGUUUUUCAAUAUUUAUUUUCUCCUAUUUUGUUUUAAUAGAGUUCAGUACCAGAAGUGCAGCCUCAAACAUUUUUUAAGGUGGUAUAUUUUAGCACUUCUGUAAAAGGCCUCGUUUUAUUCUGGCCACUGAAAUGAAAAGGUUUGUUGUUGGUUCCACCCUUUAGUAUCCCUUCAAGAGAGAUUAUAUCAAAGAAGAAGAAUUAAAUUAAAAUUGAUUGGUGUUAUUGAUUUUCCUUUCCUUUUUUUUUUUUAAGGGGAUAAAGGGUGAUGGAAACAGCGUGUGCCCCGAUACUAUUUUACUGAUGGACUAUUUUUAAAAAACUUAAGAAGCAUAUGUGCCCAAUUUACAUAUUUACCAAUUAAAAAAGCUUCCAGGAAACAUUAAGUAGACUAUCUUCUGUAACCUUUAACAUUGUAGCUAAUGGAUAUAGCCUGGAAAUUUUCAUAGAAGGUCCUCUAAAUAAUGUAAAUGAUUAUGAAUAUGUAACUAGUUAAUAUGCAGCUAUGAAAGGAUUAUCAUGUAGAGGUUAAUGAACAUGCUGCUCUUAUGGUUUGCAGGGCUUUUCUUUUUGUGCUUUUAGCUCGCUUCAUGUGUGCAAAGUCAUGGAUUGGGAAUGGAAAGCUUCCUGUCUUUUCCAUCCUCGUCUUUAAUGGGGCAAUUAAACUGCAACUUUCUUAAGGAUUCCAUAAACAUUUUGUAUGCUUAAUCGUGUGGUGUACUUUGCAAUUGCCACCAAACCUGAAAGAAUGAAAUGUGCUGAUAGAACAUUCCCCGACUCCUUGACUUGGCGCUGUUGCGCUCCGCUGUGUGUCAGCACUGUUAGGAAGCAUUGCGUUCUACGGUUUACACCUUCUAGGGGGAGUUCACUCUUGAAAUGAGUUGUAGUAGGAAUUUGAUUUUUGAAUUUAUACCUUGUAGAAGUCUGUAUAUUUAUUCUUAACCCUAAAAAAAUCUGGCUUGUGCAUUAAAGAAAAUACUUCCUUGGAGUUUGAUGUGAGAGUUUAAAGCAAAUGAUGAAUUUAAUCUUGACUUAAGCAGGGGGAACUACCUGGCUGAAUUUCCCCAUGGGUUAUGAGGCAGCGUAACCACAAAUGGAUGGCUGAUCCUCCUUGCUUAAGUACUUUGCUCUGUUUAAAGAACUAUUAGCUCACAAAGCAGUCCCAUUUCUUUUUCCUUUACUCCUAUAUGAGUAAAGAGUGUGGGAUCUGAGAUCUGUUCUGCAAUAGCUGCACAUAUGCUAACUAAAAAAAAAUUGUCUUUCAUUCUGUUGUUUGGGAAAAAAAAAGAAAGAAUUAUCUGCUCCAGUGAUUUCAGUGGUACUUGAAUGUAUGUUAUUGUUUUCUCUGCAAAUUUUCUCAUUAAUUGCUUUCAAAUGUUAGCAUUAUUUUGGUUAUAAGAAAAACAAAAUUUGUAAAAAAUAAAUAAAAAUAAAAAUAAAAAAUUUGAGAAGAUGUCUAGACAUAUUUAAUUGCCUCCUGGCAUCGUUGCAUUCCAUAUAAUUGAAUGGAAUUGUGUUACAUUUUUGGUAACCAUUAUUCAGAGAUCAGAAUACGUUUUGAAAGACAAAAUUUCCGCAUAAUUAUGGAAGAGAAGGUCACAGGUUUCAGCAUCUUGGAUGUUUAAUGUAUCUAAAAAUGUGGUUUAAAAAUAAUUUCAUUUUAACAAUGUGCUUUAUUUUGUAGAUGAUCUCUUGGGAAGGCUUGUAACAAAAAUAAGUGAAAUAUUCACAUUAAAACUUCCUUUUUUUGGCACCCUGAAAUAAAAGAAAGGAAGACAACAGCCUGUAAUGGUCAGAUAUCCUCGUAUUUAAACACUCACAAAAUUCAUUUGUGCUUUUUCAGAUUAAAACUGCCAGUGGAAACAUUUGUUGAUGUACAGAUAGAGGAAAAAAUGUUUUUGGUGCUGUGGGGUUCAUUUGCUUUUGUUUUUAUAAGAAAUGAGUAUGGAAGUUACAUUGAUGUCUUGCUCUAAUGUAUAUUGUUUUCUUAUUCUGCAAGCAUGUAACACUGAAAAUAGAUCUGCAGAUUGAACGAAAUGCUACCUACCUUCUAUCAUGUGUCACUUAAUAGUUAUGGAGCAGGUAUUGUACCAAAAUAUGAAUUGAAAAGCUGUAAUUUUUUCUCUGGUUAUCAGUCUGCAUUAGUGUGUGAUAAAGUGUGCUGCUUAAGAACUACCAUUCAGAGGCCUUUGCACUGACAAAUAAAAAUGUAAAUAGAAACACCACCAAAUCUGUAAAGCGACUGUUCUAGUUUCUGAUACAUUGACAUUGCAGCUGUGUGCUUAGCCUUGUUUUUUCAUGAGUAGUUAUCUGUUUUAAUGCCAGGUGGUCACUAGCUGCCAAGAGAAAAUCCAGCACUGGUAAGUGAAAAAUGUUUGAUUACAUGCCUAAAAUACUGAUCAGUAACCUAGCUAUGUUCUAGUAAAGUUAUUGUACUGUUUGUUCUAAUGAUAGCCAAAUUCUGCGAGCGUGUUUUCAGGACUGGAGGUAGCUUGGAAUUACUGCAGUGUGCUCGUCUUUAAGAUGUUUAUAUUUUCCACUGAUACCAUUGCUUUAAAUACACUGAACCUUAGUGGUUAUUCUCUUAAAUACCCAUUUCAUUCACCAUUUUUCCCUGAGUAACCUUGUGGGAUGAAUGCUCAAUUGAAUUUCCACCCCUGCUUGGUGGAAGGGUAUUCCCAAGGUAGAUUCAAUUAUUGUUCUUGUUUCCUCUGUAACUAUGAGCAAGUAGGGAAAAUUUUUUAGCACACUUGGGGGAAAAAACCCGCAAAUGAUGUGAAAGUAAUGUUUCCGUUCCCCCACUCCCCCAGUACACCAUGUUAUAAUGCUUAGUGAGAAAUGAUUUGUUUUGUUUAAAAAAAAACAACAAAAACUCUGGGCAUUUUUUUCUCUGUUGGCAAUCUGUGGUUAAUAGAAAACAUGCUUAGUAAAUAAUAGUUUUCUAUGGCAUCUGAGGAAAAUGUACAUUUAAUGGUGAAUGAAAUCUUAUAUUAUGAGUUACUGUGAGAUAUAACAGUUGAUCUUACAGAUAUCAAAUUACAAUAUAUCCAUGCUGUGUUUACCAUGAUUUUACUGAGAGAACAACAGGAGCUGUCUUGAUUAUUGUCUGCGGGGUUAUUGCAGAAUCACAGCAACUGCCCCUUUAGUGGCGAGAUUAAACCUUUGGUUAUACACCAUCAAGCAUAUAAUAUUUUAAAUUUAUUUUAAGAGGCUUUUUCUUCAUGCCUGAAAGAUCUCCAAGCAAAUAAUUUAUAUUUAGUGUGUAUCAAAUGUUUUUAGUUUAAAUGCACAUAGGCUGCAAGCACUGGAUAAGAGGAAAAAAAUCCAGGCAAUCUAUACACAUCAUCAUAUUAAAUUCUGACUAUCGGCUUGCAAAAAUAAUCUAAAACUAAUAUGUUUCAUUUAUGUUUAAAAUUCAGAGACUGCAUUAAUUUUCAAUAAGGGAAAUAUUAUUGAAGUGCCUACUGGUGCUGCUGUAGUUAAGUUAGUCAGCAUUUACAUAAUACCCAUACUUUUGGGGGACUUUCUGCAGUGUCCAUACCAAUUUGGUAGUGUGAAAAUCUGCACGUACAUUCUUUCACAAAGAGGCAUUCUCUUUCAGAAAUAAACUAAUUGACAGCCUUAAAAUUGGAACUGAUUUUUUACAAGUUUGGGAAGUUGUAACUGUUAUUUCCUUCCAUAUCCACAGCUGAGGUUUGUAGAAUGGGGUGGAAGGGUUGGCAGUGGGAAGAAGGCUUGCUGUUGUGUUGGGUCUUGAGCAAACUGUGGCCAUGAUCUUGAGUUUGGGGGAUUUGGGCACAGAAUGUCAGAAGGAAAGCCUAACUUACUGAUGUCUUCUAUGGAGAAAAGCAGUUUAUAGAGCAUUCGUACAGCUUUUACUCUAAAAAAACUAUUUAAAAUUUAGUACCCUUAUUUAGAUCCUGAUUGUGCAAGAGUUGAGUGCUCUUGUUUCAACUGAAUAAUUUGUUCAUAUAAGACCUUUUAAGUAGUCAGUGACACAGAAGAAUUUUAAAUAGAAUUGGGUGAAUAACAAUAGGGUUUUAAAAUGCCCAGCAUCAACAUAUUUCCAUUAAAUUAUUUUCUUUUUCAUUUUUUAGUACACCUCUUGAGAUGUAUUUUUAAAGCCAUGAAUCUGAUGAUAGGUCUGAUUUAGAUGUGAUAUUUCCCUUCCUGGGGAUAUGGUCAUAGCUGAAGCCCAGCACCCAUUCUCCCCACGCACGUGGUGACCAUGGUCUCCACACAAAAUGUGGCCGUGUACGCAAGUUGAACAGGGAGCUCUGCUUCCUUCCUUGAGAGUAACUCUCCUUGUCAAUGCAUGAAAUUGAAUGACUGUGUCGGUGGCAGGCCCAUUUUGGAACGUGGCCAUACUUGGCGAUCUCACAGUAGAGGCCUGACAGGCCGGAGGCAGUUGUUCCACUGAUUGCAGAGAUACAUCCUGCUCCGUCCCAAAGGUUUUUUCCCCAGCCUUGUUGUGGGGAAGGGUGGAUGGCCACAGCAGUCUGCUUCCAGAGGUCACCACUGUAGAUGCGAUGAGUCGGGGCAGUCCAGCCCUGCUGUAUCUGAAGCGAGUGAUUUCUGCUGUACCCUAAUCAGAUUAUUCGGUAGCGGGCAGCAGUCAGACCUUAAAGGCAGUAUCUUCUUUCAGAUUAAUGAAGAAAUGUCAGAUGACUUUGAGCCAUGAAACAAUGGGAGUGCUUAAUCCUGCUCUAAGUGGAAGCAGUUUUUUUCCAUACAAUUUUUUUCCUAUGGAGAAUUCGUUCAUUGAAAUGAGGUCAAAGCCUUCAGUUUGGGGUCCUUUGUUUUUUAGUGAGUAGUCUGUGUCAUCGUCCUCUUUGAAAAUGCAGAUCUCUGCAUGUCAAAGGCUGUGUUUUCUAAAUAUCAUUAAGUAAUUGUUGCUGACACCAAGUUGUCAUUACAUUGCUACCCCCAAAACAUCUCUUGGGUUUUGUUGAGAUUCGUUUAUUUGGCCUUUCUCUGUAAGGAAAGUGAAUUAUGUUUUCAGUAUAAUGAGUGCAAUGGACAGAGAAACUUGCCUGGUGUGUUGGAAAAAUCUUACAUCAAACCCAAGAAGUAGCAAGCAUCUUUUGUAAAUUGUUCUGUGGAAUAUAGCUUUAAUGUCCAAGUGGUUUAAAAUCCUAAAUUCUGUGUUCAAGACCAGUUCAGCAACUUAAAGUAUGAAGUACUCCAGGUAUAAAGUAGUGUGAUUAUAGCGAAGUUCAGCUAUGGAAGAAAAUGAGACAAAACAGGAGUAGCAGAUAAUUUUUCAUAAUGAAUGCUGAAGAAGAUUUCAUUCUGCUUAUGAAUCUCAGAAAAUCAAUGAUAAUAUUUUGAGAGUUGUGUUAUCAACUACAACAUUCAUUUUUCAGCACAUUUAUAGAUUGCUUUCCUGAAUCAUCCUCAGAAAACCUGUAAUUUGCAUCCUGGGUCAGUGUUGUUAAGUGUGCUGCUCUGUGCUUUCUGUUGCCUUUUAUUGCAGAAUUUACUGCCACAUAUAGGAUGUUUACUAUUUUAAAGCACAAGUAAACAAUAUCAUCAAACCUGACAUUUAUAUGCCAGCUACUUCACGUAGGAGCUGAUCUCUGAUGAUCUUCAGAGUGGCAGUUGUCCAUUAAAAAGACUUUUUCCAGCAAAAUUUAAGUGCUCAAGAGUUUCUUCAGAGAAGAAGGCUUUUUAGAGCAAGUACAGUAGCUUGUUUUGCACACAAAGGGAAAUCCCCGUGGCAAUUAAAAUGCCACAAAGGCCUCUGAAGAGUCAGGUAUCUGUCAUGGGAAUAAGUUGAUCCAAGUUCAUCAAGUCAUUUCUGUUUUGUAUAGCAACACGUGGCUUCUGAGAAGCAAUAGAAGGAAUGCUCCACUCCUGUGUUGUUUGCCAGGGUUUGAAGACACGACAGAGUUUGGGGCAGUCAGGUGAUCUUUCAGGAAUGUUGAUUGUUGAUGGGCCCAAAAAGUUGAUGUGAAAAUCAGAGUUAGUUAAAAUUUUGCUCAUUUAUGUCAGCCCAAGCAAAGGUAACGAAUCCUUUAUUACAGGUGAUACUUUGAAGAAUUUGCCUCUUCUGAAAUAUUAAACUGAAUUUUCAGUUAUUUUUCCAAAUAUUGAUGGUGGUAUAAUUGUUGAACUUGAGCAUGAAGUGAGAUAUGCCAAAGCCUGGUGCAAGAACUGAUUCUUAGCACCAUAAAAACUCAAAUUCAGAAGUACACUCACAAGCUAAAAUAAUCGUAUCCCUACUUUAAUAUGCAUUAUUCUAAAGUAAUCUGUAGCUAUUAUAAUUGUCAUACCAAGUCUUUUUUUUGUAAUAAAUAACUUACUAAUUUAUUAAGUGCAUGUGCUGUAGAGUAAAAUAGUUUGUUUUCUUUGUAUUUUUGGGGGUUGUGGAAUUAAUAGCAGAAAAAUAUUAACUCUGUGUUAGAUAUGAAAUUGAAUGAACUUGAAUUUGUCAACAGGAAGAAGGUGGAGAGUGAUUAUGAGGUUCUUCAGGAACGACUCCGUACGUUGCCUGAUAAACUGUCCUAUGAUAUCAUGGUACCUUUUGGUCCUCUUGCCUUCAUGCCAGGAAAACUUGUCAACACGAAUGAGGUUACUGUUCUGCUUGGGGACAACUGGUUUUCAAAAUGCUCAGCGAAGCAGGCUGUUGAGCUGGUUGAGCACAGAAAAAAAUAUGUGAGGAAAGCACUGGAUGAUUUGCAAAAAGUCAUGAAGAAUUUUGAGUCACGAGUUGAAUUCACAGAAGAUUUGCAGAAAAUGAGUGAUGCUGCGGGUGAUUUUGUUGACAUAAGAGAAGAAAUUAAAGAUGAUAGCAUUGAAACAAAAGGCAAAUACAGAACAGCUCACAAACCUCAUUCAAAACCAAAAGUAUCCGAUGCUUUUGAGGUAGAUUUUCUAGCGAGUGGAAGGGACACGAGAUCAGUGGGCCGCUUUCAGUCGGAGGAGGAGCUGUGGGCCCGCUUGGAAGAGCUCGAGAGACAAGAAGAGAUACUUGGUGAACUUGACAGGAUGCCUGAUACAGUUGAGACAAAUGGAGAAGAUACAACCUCCUCGGAAGAGGAAAAGGAAGAUAAGAGAAUAGAUCUCAAUGGAACAUACAGAGUAGAAGACUGUAUUACUCAGGGCAACUUCCAGAAAGAAGUAACAAGUUCAGACUUGUUUGUUCGCCAUGUUAAUGGCUCUACCUAUUAUCACAGUGAUGAUGAAGAUGACACAGAUGUUGGAGAUAGCUCUGUUCCGACUAUUUUUUUCUCUCAUACUGUUGAACCUAAAAGGGUAAGAAUAAACACAGGAAAAAAUACGACUUUGAAAUUCAGUGAAAAGAAAGAAGAGGCCAAGCGUAAAAGGAAGAACAGCAAUGGCAAUGGGCAUGGCCAUGCAACUCCAGAACUGCCUAACAUCAAAACGCCAGCAGACAUUUACCGAGUCUUUGUUGAUGUUGUGAAUGGAGAAUAUGUCCCUCGUAAAUCAAUUUUGAAGUCUCGAAGCAGAGAGAAUAGUGUUUGUAGCGAUACCAGUGAGAACAGUGCUGCUGAGUUUGAUGACAGACGAGGAGUUCAGAGGAGUAUUAGCUGUGAUGAAGCUACUCAGAGUGACAACAGUGAAGGCAUACUGGAGGAAGAAGAGGAGGUGGGGCAGCAGCAGCUACCAAAAAAGCUUCCUCCCUCUUCAGGGACAACUGAGGCAUUUUCUGGAACUGUCAUAGAAAAGGAGCCUUUGUCUCCCUCCCUGAUACCACACCCAGUCAUUGCUCACCCUGUCCUGCCUACCAUUCUGGAGCAGAAAUCGGAGGAAGUUUUGUCCAAAGCAUCAGAAGAAACUACAAAAAGGAUAUCAAAAUUCAGAGCUGCCCGAAUGCAACAGACUAACUAGGUCUUGCCUAGAUGCCGAAGUUGGAGUACUAAUGUCUAGUUUCACAUUUGUUGAGAUGAUGUAAAGCUAUGUGCAUUACACCUAGCUAGUUCAAAGGAUCUUCUGUGUUGAUUUGGCAUUGUUUAUCUUUCCAACUUCUGUUGGCAACGUUUAAAAACAGUUUGGUGUUUGAACAGUUAAAUAUUCAUCUUUUUUUGUUGAUUUCCCUGUAUGCUGUCAGCACCUUUGUGUAUGUUUGCAUUAUGAUAGCAGCACUCGGGUUAUUUUUCAAAAAAUGUUCCUUACAUACAUUGUUUUUGUGUUUAAACCUAAAUACAGGCAGUUUUGUGCCAGCUGUGAUGUUCUGCAUACCAUAUGGACUGUUUUAAGGAAACUUUCACAUUUCAAAUAGAUUCAACAAUUAUAUUGCAUUACUUGCUUUAGCAUUUUAAGACACACUUGUAUUCCCAUUGCUGUAGGUUUUGCAACUAGGUGUCUGCUAAAAGUUUUUUUUCCUUCUAUCAAACCUCUCUGAUAUCUCUGUGUACAGAUCUAUAAAACACUGGGUUCACGUACAUUGCAGGGAAGUUUCUUUGAUGGAAAAGGGUAUUUUGUAAAAUUAAAUUUUCAGUAAAAGAAAGCUGUGAAA